GGGCGGUGCGCGCCGCGCGUGCCGUGCGUGCCGGUGGAGCAGGCCGCAGCGGCGGGGCCGGGGCCGCGGCGAUGCUGGAGGAGGCGGGCGAGGUGUUGGAGUCGGUGCUGAAGGCCUCAUGCCUGCCGCUCAGCUUCCUGCUCUUCGUGCCCGCCGUGCUGCUGCUCCUGGGCCCGCCGCCCGCCGCCGAGGCCGCUCACGAGUUCACGGUCUACCGCAUGCAGCAGUACGAGCUGGGCGGGCAGCCCUACGGCACCAGGAGCGCAGUGCUUAACACAGAAGCCCGCACUGUAGAAGCAGAUGUCCUGAGCCGCCGCUGCGUCAUGAUGCGGCUGGUGGAUUUCUCCUAUGAGCAGUACCAGAAGGCUCUCCGCCAGUCAGCUGGUGCUGUGGUCAUCAUCUUGCCGCGGUCUAUCUCUUCUGUCCCACAGGAUGUUGUAAGGCAAUUUAUGGAGAUAGAGCCAGAAAUGCUUGCUAUGGAAACCAUUGUGCCAGUCUACUUUGCAGUGGAAGAUGAAGAGCUGCUGUCUAUCUAUGAACAAACAAGGGCUGCUUCUGCAUCACAGGGUUCUGCCUCAGCUGCAGAAGUUCUGCUGCACACGGCAACUGCCAACGGCUUCCAGAUGGUGACCAGUGGGGCUCAAAGCAAAGCUAUCAAUGACUGGCUCAUACCCAGCGUGGAGGGAAGGCUAACAGGGCUGGGUGGAGAAGACCUGCCCACUGUUGUGAUAGUUGCCCACUAUGAUUCUUUUGGAGUGGCUCCAUGGCUGUCGCACGGUGCUGACUCCAAUGGCAGUGGUAUCUCAGUGCUACUGGAACUAGCUAGGCUGUUCUCCCGCCUCUACACCUACAGACGUACCCAUGCCGGGUAUAACUUGCUGUUCUUUGCAUCUGGAGGUGGCAAGUUUAAUUAUCAAGGAACCAAGCGGUGGCUGGAAGACAAUUUGGACCACACUGAUUCCAGCCUGCUUCAGGACAAUGUAGCGUUUGUUCUCUGCCUUGAUACCCUGGGCCGAGGCAAUAGCCUUCAUCUCCAUGUCUCAAAGCCUCCCAAGGAGGGGACCUUGCAGCACGCGUUUCUGAGGGAACUGGAAAUGGUUGUUGCCAGCCAGUUCCCAGAGGUGAAGUUUUCCAUGGUGCACAAGAAGAUAAACUUGGCUGAGGACAUGCUGGCAUGGGAGCACGAGCGUUUUGCAAUCCGACGCUUGCCAGCCUUCACAAUCUCACACCUGGAGAGCCACCGGGACAGCCUACGCAACAGCAUCAUGGAUAGGAGGGCACGAAUAGACACUAAGGCACUAACCAGGAAUACUAGGAUCAUUGCUGAGGCUUUGACGAGGGUCAUCUACAACCUAACAGACAAGGGAGCACCUGCAGAUCUGCAGAUCUUCACGGAUCAGAUGCAGAUCCAGCAGGAGCAACUAGAAUCAGUGAUGGAUUGGCUGAGCAGUCAGCCCAGGGCUGCCCAGCUGAUUGAUAAAGACAGCACCUUCCUCAACACCUUAGAAUAUUAUAUGGGUCGCUACCUGAAGGAUGUCAAACAGCAUCACGUAAAGGCAGACAAACGGGACCCCGAGUUUGUUUUCUAUGACCAGCUGAAACAGGUGAUGAAUGCGUACAGGGUCAAGCCAGCGAUCUUUGACCUGCUUCUGGCUGUCUGUAUCGCAGCCUACCUUGGUGUUGCCUAUGUUGCAGUGCAGCACUUUGGUCUGCUUUACAAGAUGAUACAGAGAUUAUCCCUUAAAAACAAGCAGCAGUGAAGCAGCGACUCGUCACCCACACAGCAGCACUGAGCCAUCGGUGAGCCCAUCAGGAACCUUCUGCCUUCCAUUGAAUCCUGCUGUUUCUCUUCCUCUGUCUCCCCUUUGAUACUCUAUAGAGGGGAAGAAGGCAGAAAGAAAAUGAAAUUUUAAUUAUUGUGCACCUUUUAAGUGUUUUUCUUCACCUUCUUCCCCUGACUUGCACCGUGUCUGCUUUCCUUUGCUUUUUGGUGAGGGAAAGGCUCAGAGACUUCAGUAGUUCCUGCAGGUUGUUUAAACACUGAACGGCUGAUUCUGAGCAGCUUCUAUGAGUGUAAAACCAAGUCCAGCACCUCCAUGGACGUGUGCCAUUCAGCCAACUUGGAAACUGAAACUACAAAAGUAGAACGUUGUGCUAUCUCUACCCAGCAAACAAGGACUCAGAGCAGUUGUUUAAAAGAAACAAAAAAAAGUGCACAUGCAAAUUAAAGAGAAUACUAUUAGCAUGUUUUCUUAUGGCACCUCUUCCUUAAGUUCACUGCCUAGCUGUAGGAGGCUGUGUUGAGCAAGCAGUGUCUGCAGCAAGCAUCUUGUGCAUUUUGUUUAUACUGUGCAAUAACUCAUUCCCUUUUAGGAGGUGCACUGUAAAUGGGCUCAACUGUCCUUGACAGAAUGAGGAAAGAUUGAUAAAACGGGUACUUUGCUAAUUAGGGUUCUUGCCAGGUCAGGUUCUCUCCUGUCUCUAUCAGGGGAUUUGUUCUGCUGUGGACUUGAUUUCUCUUUACGGUUUAUGGUCCUUGGGACAGUUCACGGCUGCCACCACUCUGUGCUAAAUUCUUGCUUGGUUUUUAAAGGGUGUUCUACAGCCCCAGCUGCUGCAGAAUCGUGUUCUGUGCUGUUCCAUGUUAUUUAAAUGAACUGGUUACAUUAAUAGCAAGAGCAGCCCAGCUCCUGCUAAGCUCUGGUCUGUAAUCCCUUCCAUCUUCAUUCCUCAGUUUUCACUUCCAGAUGGGUUCUGGAUUUUGGGGUGUUUUCCCACGUUCACCUGCAUCUCAGGGUCUCAUUUCACAUUUUUCAGCUCUGCUAUAUCUGAAACACUGUUCCUGGCCUGCACAUAUGAGAAAUUCCCAAAGUGCUUGUUGCUGUCCUUUCAUGCACUGCCCCCAUUAUGUAUGAAGGGAGGCAGGUCAUGUAGCCAUUAAAAAGCAAAACAAAACAAAAAAAUGAAGUUUUAUGAAUGUCAUUUUAAACAUGGCUGUUUCUAGAACUGUACCUAAGAGAGUGUAUCUUGAAACACGUGCUCUUUGUUAGUUUUAUCCUUGAGUAAGCCUUAUUUUUAGUUUGCUGAUGUUUCUGGCUGGAAAGAGCUGUGUAUUUGCCCAGAAUAGUUGCCAGUGUUGUGCAAACAUUGGGAGGGCCAGGUAACCAGUUGCUCAAGUAUCGUCCUCAUCUUAAAUCUUUCCUGAAUUGCACCAUCCGAGGUAAGCAGGAUUACUUGUCACCACUUUCUGGUGAGAGCUGAGUGCCCAUUCUGGGCCCGUUUGCCCUCAAGUUCUUCUGGAAAAUACAUCAAGAUACUGACUACAAGUCCUAGGCUAGUUGUAGUUCUAGAAGAUGUCCUGAUUGAAUACUACUGUCCUGCCACUCAACGAUGUUAGAGUCCUUUCUGUAAUUUGUUUGAAGCGCAUGAGGUCUCUUCACAGGCCAUGGUGACUACCUUUUUUUUUAAAAUGACUACUUGUAUUUGAAAUAGCAUCUUCUACAGAGGCUGAAAAGCUCCUGUGGAUUUGAGUGAAAGCAUCCCCCUUUUUCUGUAGGCAAAGAAAAUUCAAGCUCUGCAUCCUUGUCCUCGCCCCAGCUGGUGUGUGUGCACAUGUUAAAAAAGGGAUUGUGGCCAGUCGCGGUCCUUGUCCUUUGGAUGGGGACCACAGCGCUGAUUUCCAUUCAUCUUUCUUUGUUUCACUGUAGUCUCCUUCUUGGAGUACCCUUACCCCGUGAUGUGUGCUUUCUGCUACUUUAAAUGUGUAGCAACUUGUUCUUUGAAGGGUCUUAUUUUCCAGGAAAGCAUGCUGAUGUCAGUGGAUUGCUGUAAUAUCGGCAGGUGGCACAGUACCAAGCACUCCCGAAGUAUCAGCCCUAUAGGGAAACUUGCUGCCUUCUGAUCUUUCCAGCGCUUCUUUAAAAUACGUGUCUCUACAUGCAUUAAGUGUUUGUGACACUCCUCUGCCAAAUGAAUUUAGAAUGAAUUCAGAAAUUGCCGGAGCGGCUGGAAGAUGAGCCUUGGUUGUUUUCUACUGGCUUUUUAUGCUCUGGCCUUCGAGGCUACGUGUGUUGUGCUGUGGGAAGGUGCACGCUCUGGAUUUGUGGGUUCAGAACAUGCACAGUACAGUGGCUCUCUGAAGAACUUCUCUGUAGGUUCUGGAUACCUGGAGGUAGUUUCAGAGGACUCCAGCUGCAUCAUACAUUUCUAGUGUGUUAUACUUGGAGCAGGGGGGGUGUUCCCUCCCAUCCAGCCGGUUACUUAACCAGUCUUAAUGAAAUUCCAUUACUGAGCAAAAUAGAAGAAACAAAAUUAUUAGUAAUCUGCUGCAGCUUGACUUGAUGCAUAUAAAAAUCUACAAGUAGUGGGCAAGGGAGAACAGAACAGGCUCAGAGCGUUCUUCCUUGCAGUAGAGACUGUCAGCCUUUGGUCUUCCUGCUUGGAGUCAAAAACUUCCACCGAGGCCACCCAGUGUGGUUGCAGCUAUGUCUCUGUCAAGGUUGUAGCAUCAAAGCAAACACUUCAGCUCUUUGUGGUCUCAACAAUAAGCUGUUAACGCUCCCUGAAGGAAGAAAGGUAGAUUAGAGGUAAAUGAGGAGAGUGCCUAAACCUGAAGAGCAGUUGGGAUAGUACCUCCAUCUCUCCCACACCAAGGUAAUUUGUCUUAUCUGAUGAGAUGCUUUUUGUGUUCCUUUAGCUGGCUGCCACAGAAAGUAGUUUUUACUACAGAUCGGGGUUUAUGCAUUUGAUCAAAGUGUAUGUGCACUGAAACAUCAUCUAUUCAAAUCUGAGAUAGUAAAAUUCCAACUUUCUCAUAGCUGGAGCAGAGUGCCCGUCCUGGGAGUGAACUUAGUUCCCACAUUGCUGUUUUUGGGAAGCUGACAGAGAAGCUUGUAAAUAGAUCCUGCUAUUCUGCUAUUUUGAAAAAAACCCAAGAAAAAUGGUGCUGAUCCGUACUGCAGUGUAUCUGAGCAAUUCUGUCACCAAUACAACACGCAAAAGCAGAAACCCAGCAGCUGUUCUGGUAAAAUAAGUUCUCCACAACACUGCAGAAGAGUUCUGCAGAGCUCAUUCUUGUUGCCCCUGUGGUUUUACCUGUCCUUUUUAUCAGGAGUUUGCCUGACCUGGAAGGAAGAUGCAUGGAAAGCGUAUGUCCGCAUAUACACAAAUGGCUAGCAGCUGAUGCUUCUGGCCAUAAAACAAUUUUCUUGGUUAUCUGUCUGCCUUUAUCUGUUGUCCUGGUUGCUGUUGAAGUCUGCAGCUCCCAAAAACCUGGUUUUCCAACAGGGUUUAAGCACUGAAGCUGUUCAUUCCUUCUGUCCACUCCCACCCACACAGGCACUAAUGGGGAUUGUAUGUGAGGAGUGUGGACUGUUGUAGGUGAUCUCCCAAAGAAGAGAAAAUUACAUUAUAAAAUAGGUUACAAAAUCAGUACUACUGUGCAAUAUGAACUCCACCCUGGUGUACUCAGCGCUAAGAGGAAAGACCCUGAAGCCAAAAUGGAACUAGGUACCCCACUGUCUGUGGCUGGAGGAGGCACCACAAUCUAUUCCGAUGCUUAAAACCACAGGUGCCCAGAAUUGUGGGGCUUGGUUUUGGGCUGUUUGUUUGAAAUCAUGUGGCUUUCUUGUUCAUAGCACAAGACAAAAUGCCGGGCUUCUGCGCCCUGUGGCUAAGCUGGGUUUUGCAUUUAAGAAUCGUGAUUUACUGCUCUGAAAUGAUGAGGAUGCUACUGUAUCUCUCAGUAAAUUGGGCCUCUGGGUACUCAAGCGUAGGCUCCUGCUCGCUCACUUCGAUCUGUUUAGUUUCCAUUUGUAGUUAUUGGACAGCAACUUCAAAGUUAUAAUCUGGAAUGUUUGCAGCUCAGGAAAAAAAAAAAAGAGUUGAUUUAUCUAGUGAUGUUAACUCAAUUAUUUAUCUGUUGUGUGUCCUAAAGAACAAAUGUAUAUUGAGGUGAAUAUUUAAAAGCUAAUAGAAAAUUCAAUGCAGUUGAUUUACAUAUUUUUCUGACUAUAAAUGUAAUAAUAUUUAAGUAUUUUAACAUUUUUCAUUUCAUUAUUUGUUUAUCCCUUUUUCCCUUGGAAAAAAUAAACCGAGUGAGUAGGUUUGAUGAACAGA